AUGUCCCCGACAUACAGUGUCCUGAAGACCUUUUACGAUUUCAUUAUCAUCGGAGCUGGCAACGCUGGCGCCGCUGUUGGGGCGCGUCUAGCGGAGAACCCUAAAUACAGCGUUCUCGUACUUGAAGCUGGUCCCCCCCUUCCCACCCAGCCAGCGCCAGGCAGUCAAUAUUGGAGCACUCCCAUAUAUGCUUCAGGGCCGUCAAAGCUGCCACAGUAUAUAUGGAACUAUACGAGCAUACCUCAAGUUGAGCUUGCCAACAACAGGGUUGUCUCAAUGCUGAGUGGAAAAGUAGUCGGUGGGACGUCAAACGUCAACUUCAUGCUCUAUACUCGUGGAACUAAGGAAGAAUAUGAUCGAAUCGCGAGGAUCGCGGGUGAUCAACGUUGGUCAUGGGAUAAUAUCAUCCCAUUUGCCAAGAAGUCCGAAACGCGUAAGAAUACCACCAGCGGUCGCAACUUUGACGGGGAUUUUAAUCCUGACGCGUACGGAGACAGUGGUCCCAUACUCAUCUCCCUUCCUAAUGAUGGAAGUCCUUUCCAUGACAAGGUUAAGCAAGCUUCGCACGAGCUCGGAGGUGAUUUCGAGUGGUCGUCUGACACUAACUCUGGCAGAUCUCUUGGUCUGGCUAGAUUGGUCGGAACCAUAGGGACAGGAGUUCGAAGUGGAUCAAGUAACUACCUUAAAAAACCUCGGCGGAACUUGGAGGUGGUGACGGGUGCCCGUGUUACCAAGAUAUUGUUCUCCGAUGGCCCAAACCCCGCUGUCACUGGCGUCGAGUUCACUAAAGGCACAGAUCGUAAUGCCCCAAGGACUAUCGUACGGCCUUUCAAGGAAGUGAUUCUUUCUGCUGGUGCCAUUGGCUCCCCGAAGAUCCUUCUACAGUCAGGCGUUGGUCCAAAAUCGGAACUGGAGAAAUUGGGAAUUAAAGUGGUUAAAGAUCACCCUGAUGUCGGCAGGAACUUGCAAGAUCAUGCACUGAUUACGAAUAGCUGGUAUAUAAAUUCCAACAUUUCCAGGGACGAGCUCUUCCCACCUCCUGGCCGUCCUCUCAGUGCCUGGGCACAAGGACAAUGGGAUCUGUAUGAUAAAAACAAGACUGGGCGUCCAUCGAACACGAUCGGCCAAACCAUUGCCUUCUUCCGUUUGCCUUCCGAUGAUCCCAUUUAUAAGAAACCUGGCGUCGUUGAUGAUUCCCCAGGUCCAAAUUCACCUCAAUUCGAAUUCUUCAUAGAUGAUGGAUGGUCGAACUUGCUUACCAAUCGGCCCGACGUUGGGAGAUUUAUAACUAUAGCAACGAUUGUCUUGUCUCCUAGUUCUAGGGGAAGCGUGACAUUGAAGUCAAGCGAUCCCUUCGAUGAUCCUUUGAUCGAUCCUGCGCUUCUCACAAAGGAGAUCGAUUUUCACAUCCUGAAGACCGCCAUCAAGCGGGCACGAGAGCUAGUUCGGGCACCUGUUUUCGAGGGCUACAUUCAGGGGGAGUGGGAAAAGUUGGCUGAAGCAAAAACCGAUGAACAACUUGACAAAUAUAUCCGCGAAAACACCGUUGCUCAUUUGCAUCCUUCUUCUACUCUGGCUAUUGGACCCAAGGGUAGCGACAAAGGCGUUGUCAACCCUGAUCUCACCGUGAAGGGUAUCAGGAGGCUCCGUGUCGUCGAUGCUAGCAUUUUCCCAAAUGUCGUCGCGGCUCAUCCUCAGAUUCCAGUCUAUGCGAUCGCGGAGCGUGCUUCGGAUAUCAUUAAGAAGCAUUAUCAGUGGCCUUACUAUUUCGACAGUGUGUGGGAAGGCAGUGCAUCUGUGACCGAUUUUGUUGGGAAGAUCAUUUUGUCACUUUUCGAAUGA